CCAGUCAGUCUGCUGGACGAUUCUGACUGUAAUGAAGUGAGUUCCUCUCGAGCGGACUGCGUCUCCACUAUGCAAUAUAUAAACUGAUGGAAAGUCGAUAGACGAGCGCUGUAUAGUACUCCGUUUAUUCGCAGCGCGUCGGCAGUUUAGAACUUCCAGCUGAAGUCAACAUGUAGAGCGCGGCUGGUGCCCAGACAUACCCGACAGACUGGUGCCGCUCAACUGUUAUCGACAUGAUUCCGCCAGCGAACAUGAUUCAGGAGGACACGAUGGGCAAGGAGAACGAACGGGAGCACCGUGAGCCCCAGUCACCCACAUCCAUCAGCCAGCAGGAGUCAAAGCUGCAGAGGCUAAAGCGAUCGCUUUCCUUUAAGACCAAGAGUCUUCGCAGCAAAAGUGCUGAUAAUUUUUUCCAACGGCCGAUCGAGGAUGUGAAGUUUCAAACCGAACUGCUCUCGGAUGUCAGCAGCAGCACAGGUCAUCUGAGCACCAUCGGUGUGUCCGUCUCAGCAUCCCCAGUGAUGUCUCUUCCUCCACCACCCCCUCCGCUGCCCACCGUCAUCCCGGGCAACCUGCCCAUCACAAUUUGUUCUCCAUCCCGCGCCCCGCGCCCGGCGGACCCCAACGCACACACGUUUCUAGAGCACAUCUUCAAGAAGCCCCAUUUCUGUGACGUCUGCAACCACAUGAUUGUAGCUUGCCAAGGGGGAGCAGGCAAGGUGUUUGGCACCAAUGCUAAGCUGGGCCUCCGGUGCAAAGCCUGCAAGAUGGGUAUCCACCACAAGUGCCUGGAUCGAGUCGGACAGCAGAGAUGCAUGGGGAAAUUGCCCAAAGGAUUCCGGAGAUACUCUAGCUCCCCUCUUCUGAUUCAGGAACAGUUUGGCUGCAUUAGGGAGGUGAUGCCUAUCGCCUGUGGCAGUAAGGUUGACCCGGUGUAUGAGACUCUGAGAUUUGGAACCUCUCUGGCACAAAAGACCAAGAGGACAAGUGGAUCGGAGUCACCACAGAGAAACUCUACUAGUGACGUGGCUCAGGUACCAGAAGAAAAGAUGGCCCACAGCUGUCAAGCUCAACUUAAUAGAAAAUCCAGUGACAACGUUUUCACGCCCCUGGAGAAUGGAACAGAAAAUUUUCAUAUUGCCGAAAGGAAAUCAGAAGACUCACCUCCAAACAGAGAGCUGAAGAAGGACCCUCUGCAGCUCAAUACUUAUGUAGCUUUGUUCGAAUUUACCCCACAAGACAACCAAGAUCUAGAAAUCAGACCCGGAGAUCGAAUCAUCCUGGCAGAUGAUUCCAAUGAUGACUGGUGGAAGGGUGUGAUUGAAGAUAGAAUAGGUUUUUUCCCAGCAUCCUUUGCACAUCAGGUGAGGGCGGGUGACAGAGUGUUCAGAUGUAACCGCACCUUUAUUGGCUGUAAGGAGCAAGGGCAGAUCACCCUGAAGGAGGGGCAAAUUUGUGUAAGCGGUGAGGAUGAACACAAUGGCUUCAUCAGAGUAGCGAGCGGCAAAAAGAGAGGAUUCGUGCCCUGUGACGUCCUGGAGAAUGUAUGAAGUGAAAGAACAGAGAGGAGAGUUCGUUUGAAGAAAAGGAAAGGCCCAGGGCGAUGACUUUCCAGCACUGCCUCUGUGACUGUUUGAAUGAUCUGUGGGUCGACCUGUAGGGUGAAAAGACGCUGCAGGGCUCAUCAGGAGGCUCGGAACAGCCCUGUUCUAACCUCCGUCUCCCUCAGUGAUGAAGGAAGAAUGCACAAUGACUCCCAAGAGUAUUUGGACAUCUAAGUUGCACCUAAGAAUGUAUAUAUUUAGUUGCAUUAACUAGCAAAACCAAACCAUCUGCAAACAAAUGCUGCCAGAGCUUUUCUCAGAACUAACGCUACUUUUGUAAGCCAUUUUUUCAACCCAUACUUGCUGAAUGAUAUCCAAUACUGUUUCUUACUAAGUUGAGAUGAUGAAUCCAAACAUAGUGCCUGUUUUCCUCUAGUUUUUUAAAGUUAUCUUUUAAAAAAAAAAGUACUUAUAUUAGGUUAAAAUAAACGCCAUUUGGUUUGAUACUUUGAUAUCUAAUAAUUUUCAUCUCUAGCUUAAUUGUCCAAAUACUUCUUGGGGCCAUUGUUUGUGUGUUUCAUUAACUGCUGAAUGUCAGUGUCUGUAUUUAAUUUAUUGAAUGUUAGUGUAGGGGGUCGUCAACCACAGCACUUUUCACUAUCAACUAUUCAAUAUAGCAUCAAAACUCACAUUGUUUUGAAAUAUCUUUACCGUUAAGACAACAUAUUUAAUACUUCAUAUAUUUCCAUAAAAUCCAAUACAUGUCUAAUGCUACGUAAUAUAUAUGUACUUUUUUAAGCCAUUCUUUCCAAUAAAUGUGCAGUUGUUUUUUGUUCUUUGUGAUACUUCAGGCUUUGACAGUUACUUUAACUUAACUUGCACUCCCAAAAUGUUAUUUUCCACUCAUGCUUCUGAGAACAGAGCAGGAAUGAUCAGAUCUCAGCUGUGUCAGGAUUCUUAAGUGUUUUCAGAUGUUUUUUUCUAAUUCAAAGCAGAUCAUAGACAUUCCUUGAUCAAACACAAUCUCUGGGCUGUGAUAAAAGCAUGGGGACAAGGGAUUCAGCAAACAGAUCUUUUUUGUCUUUAAUAUCCUAGAGUGUUCGGAUGUGUCUCAAACAUAUAUGUGCUACAUGCCAUCUGUUCUAAUGAUCUAUUAUUAAGACUUUUUAAUUUAGAAAAAGAAAAAAAAUGCUAAAUUAAACUAAAUAAAGCAGAUGUAUGUAUUGCUACGGCCGGUAUGACAGAGGAAAAUGAUUACAGUAAGAUUAAAAAGAUUUUUUAAUUAAUGUUUUUAUUAUUAUUUAUUUGAGUCUAGUCAUGGAAGAAUAGGCAUCAUGUAUUGUCCAUUUAUGUGAUACAUAAUCUCUGUCUCUUUAUAAGAUGUCUCAUAUAUAUAAUUUAAAGAAUCUUGUCUGGUCUUUUGAUAUUUUAAUUGAGGCUGGCUUAUUGUACAGCAUUAUGAUAUUGCUGUGUAUAUACUUUAUGUACAGAAUUAAAGUUUAUUUAUUGAUCUA